GAGGAAAAACGAUAUGCAAAUCCUUACAUGACUGAUGCAGAGUUUGAGGUCGCGUUUCACAACGAGUUUAUUGUGUGGUUUAGCCAUUACGUUUGUCGUCCUUGUAACGACGAGUUGAACCCUUAUAUUAGGUCGCUUGCAGCUGGACCAUUAAGGGAGAUUGAAACAUACUCCGGCUAUUUCGUGAAUGGCUAUAGAUUUCACACAACUGAUCAUGAUAGAGAGAGUGCGACUGUGAACAGUGGCGUUUGCAUAAAAGGCUCGGUCUAUGGUAGUGAUAGAGAUGUGCUAGACUUUUAUGGGCGCCUGCAAGAGGUUUGCGUGCUGGAGUAUCCGGGGUAUCCAAUUAAGCAGACAGUCUUGUUCAACUGUGAAUGGUUUGACUUGUCGGCUCAGGGAACUUCUAUUGAUACAGACUUCAAGUUAGUUUCAUUGAACCACACACGAAGAUAUAAGAAGUAUGAUCCCUUUGUUUUGGCCAGUCAAGUAGUUCAAGUGUUUUACUGUCCCUAUCCCAGUACGAACCAAUCAAAGAAAAAUUGGUGGUCAGCAUGCAAAGUCAACGCAAGAUCAAAGGUUGAAGUGUCUACUGCAGCAUCUACAUCAACAUUAGAUCAACCAUUUCAAGAAGAAGUGGUUACUAUUAUGCCUACUCACACAAGUGUAGGCAUUGAACAACCACUUCUUCUUCAUCCCCUCGGUGGAGUCGUUGAGAUUGAAGAUGACGAUGAAUCAGACGACGAUGAUCCCCCGUUGACAUCUAACGAUAGUGAUGAUGAUAGUAGUGCUAAUUAUGAAUAA